GCAAUUGUGAAGUGCUCUGUGCAAGAAUGAGAAGUCAACGCAACUCCUUAAAGGCCCCUAUCAACGGCACACGGACAUCACCGUCAGAGGCGCAGCCGCACCCUCCACCGAGAAAUGGAAGUGCUUCUCGCCUCCACCGUCCAAAUCAGUCGGGCAGCGCAGCACCUGCAGCAGCGCGUGCACCGCCGACCUCCGCCCCUGGCAGAGCACCAAGAGGCACUUCGCCUGCCGCUCCACGUAGUAGAUCCCCUGUGUUCUGGGGUGCAACGGAGGAUGCGCCGCUCUACAGCGGACCCCUCGGCGAAUCUGUGGGGUGCGUGACCAGUGGGACCGUCGUUCUUGAGGCGUCGCGCUACCGCGACGUCUUUGGUGGGUGGUGGAUCAGCACGCGUUGCCACAACGGGUCUCUCGGCUGGCUUCAAUUUUGUGAAGACCGCGAGUUGUCAGGUCGCACGGCAGGUAGUUCAGUGACCUCGCCGUGGCAGCGCGUGUAUGACACACGUGCCACCCCCUCUCCCUCCCGGGCAGCUUCAUGCGACAUUGAUGCCGUUGCUGCUCCCUCUGCAGUGGGCGCGAAUAUUUCUGGUGCCAAUGUAAACGCGACAAUGGCCUUUCCACAAGUGAAUGCCGCUGCUAUCGCGGAAUUGGAGGCGAAGCACUUUCUCUUCCAGGACACCAUACUUUUUCAGUAUUACUGGGACUCUGUGCCUGCGAAGAGCGAACACCGUGAUUGGAACGAGGAGUACCAACGGGCGUUGGAGGAAUACCGCAUGAUGCCGCAGCUGUCCUCAUCUUCCAACGACGCGGAAGGCACUCCCACCACCGCGAAAGACACACUCACACAGGUUUUGGAAGAAUUCAGACAAGAGGUGGUGGAGUCCGUGAUGCGUGUGUGUGCUGAGGCGGUUCUGCCUCUCGCCCAGCGCCGCCUUUGCGCUAUGCCACAGCAUGCGAAUGAGGUGUUCUUUAUUAACGGACUUGUGAUUAAACGCUGCGUGGACACCGCCGAUGGUGACUUAGGUGGCGACGGGCUCGCGGCGAAGCUCGGCAACGCGAUGUACCGCAACAACGAAAUCAUCGCCCUCGAGGCGCCCUCCCACUUCCUCUACACACCCCUGCAGGCACGGUGCACGUUUGGCGGUCAUUCGUUUCUCUGCAGCACCAUCCCACCGUACGGGAGGAGAAACCUCCUUUACGCCAGUCCCUGCCUUUCCGCCGCCACUGGGAAAACGAGCGGUCCGUGCUCAGAGUCCACAGCAAGCAGCGGCAACGAUGUACCCUUCGCUGCGCCUUCAUCGCCGCCCCCUCUGGUGCUGGAUCUGCUGCGUCGCCUGGGCAACGCGUUGCACUUGCACGGCGGCGAGGUGCCGUGGGAGUGGCGCGUGUACGCUGGACGGGACCGACGUUUGUACCUGUCGCACACGGCGCGUCUGCUGCCGCCUGUGUUGCCGCUUGUGCAAGAACGCCGGAGGGGCGUUCACGGAUCGGCUCCGUCCUCGGCAAGCGAGACGGGCCCUACCAGCGCAGCACAGACGGAGAGCGAAGAGGACGUACGACUUUUUCCGCACAUUGUGCGGUCCCGCGUGCGCCCCGAAGUAUUCUUGAACUGGCCGACGGAGUGGCGGGCCAACGAGUGCUGCUUCGUGGCAGACGAGGCGCAACAACACCAGCCGCGACCAACGACGGAGACUGAGUUGCGACAGGCAGCUGUGGAGUCCACCUCUUCCGCAGUAGGGCAGUGGAUCAAAGCGGACGGCAUCACCCGCGUGGCUGGGAUAAUCGGGUUUCAUCUCCCGCUGAGCGCUGUGCCGAUGCCGAUAGCGGUCUGCAACGGCUGUCAAAGCACGAUCGAUGCAAACGAAAUCCGCCUUGUCGUCUGCACCAACCCGUCACGGUGCUGCCGCGUGUGCAUUCAGUGCUACACCCGCGGAGUGAUGGGCAACGGGGAUGCAGAGGCGGGUGAGGAGCCGAGCAGUGAUGAACGGCUAUCGCGUAUCUGGGCAGAUGCCGUGCGAUGCGGUGCCGGCUGCCGUAGAGCCGGCUGCGUCCUCAUGGAGCCGUCCAUCACCGCCAUAACGCAUGCUCACGGACUGAAUCUGCGUUACUUGCCCUACGUGCUGCAUCGUCUCCCCUUGUCUGCCCGCCCUGCUGUCGAGCACUUCAUUCACGUUGAGUUGGUCGCGCGUGCUGCCAAGUACGUCCUCCAGCAAGAUCUGUGCCGCGCCACCACGGCAACGGAGGCGAGGAGUGUGUGCGAAGCGGUGCUGUCUGCGCUGCUGCAGCCCACCGGUGCCGUGUCGGAGCACUUUUGGCGGACUCGACUCGGGCCUGUGCUGCAGGCGCACUUCGAAGGUAUCUGCGAACCGUUUCAGGUGUCCGUACACGCCCUGUGUGCGGUGGCGGAGCGGGCGCAGUCGCUGACCGGGGUGUGGCUGUCGGAUGCCAGUCUUGCCUCGUUGGACGCCCUGUCUGCCUCUGCAAAACCGACACCGCUUCUCAGGCGUGACAUUCGCGAAAACGCAAACACCAGCGAGAGCGGGGCCGCCGCUGCGGCGAACAACGACGACGCUCGCCCGUUUGUGGAGAUUGUCUCUAUCACUCCACGUACCUGGGUCUUCCCGGUGGCCCCGCUCCACCCAACUGCCGCUGCGGCUCCGGACCUCAGCGACAAGGAAAGCUCCCAAGCGUCUCCGUUGUGGCGUCGUCUAGAAUCGAUUAUAUUGUUUUGGAUCGGCUACACACCGGAGGACGCAGAGGAUCGCCUGCAGCCGUUUUAUUUGGAUGAUUCGAUGUUUCAUAGCAAUGCCUGA